AUGCGGCAUAUGCAAGCUGUCUAUUCUGUCUAUCUCAUAUUCUACGAUGGAGCGGAAGAUGAGGCAUCAGAAAUGGUAAGAUCUUGGAUAGACCAUCAACCCAUCAAUAUAUUCGACUACAAAUGCAUUGAUGCCGCAUCCCUUGGAUGUGGGUGUUAUGGAAAAACUAGUGAGAGAAUUCCAUGA